AUGCCCAGCAAGCCCUCGGGACUGUCGCUCAGCCCCUUCGCCAUGCCGUCGCCGGUGUUGGCGCACUUUGUCCGCGUCUCGAGCAGCCAGAGCGGGCAGGACAGGCUCUUCAUGGUCUACCAGUACGCCGCCCACAUUGUGGUCGCCGCCCUCAACUCGAAGCGCCUCCAGAGCAAGACCAAUGCCGACCUUGCGCUCCGGGUCGAGAAGCUGCGCGCGACCAUCUCGGACGCUCGCGUGCUCUAUCGCAUCUUUGGCAUCUUCCCGAUCAUCCAGUGGGCCCAGUCGCUCAACGACCCGGCGCGCCAGCCCAAGGACGGGCAGCUCCUCACGAUCCAGAGGCUCCAGUGCCUGUCGAUGAUCCUCUACUACCCGCUCGAGCACUUCUACUACCUCGCCGGCAAGGGCAUCUUCAAGGUCUCGCCGCAGCGCAUUGGCAAGAUUGCCGUCUGGUCCUGCCGCUUCUGGGCCGCCUACGUCGUCCUGCAGAUCUUCCACAUCCGCCGCUCGUUCCAGCUCCUGCGCCAGUCGCGCAGCGCCCUCAUCCGCUCGACGCGCGAGCGCGUCCGUGCGGGCAACACGGCGCCCGAGGUCGUCCAGGACGAGAAGGCGCAGCUCGCCGCGCUCGUCAAGCAGGAGGCCAACCUCAAGCGCGACUGCUGGGUCCAGGCAGGGUACCUGCCCCUCACCGCUCACUGGUCCCUCCCCGGCGGCCUCCUCCCCAACAACACCUGGGUCGGCGUGUGCGGCACGAUCGCCGCGAUCGCUCAGCUCAAGGGCGUGUGGCAGGCGACGGCGUGA